UCGACUGCCUUGGUGACAGCAUGUUGGAAACGGCCGGGAUCGUCGCCCUGUCGUACAUCGGCUUCAAACUCCUGUGGUCUCUUCUGAAGGGCAUCAGAAACUACAUGCUGUCAGGGCCACUGGGGCUUUCUGUCAACAUCAAAAACUGCGGUAGCUGGGCAGUUGUGACGGGCUCCACUGAUGGCAUUGGCAAGGCUUAUGCAGAGGAGCUGGCAGCUCGUGGACUAAACAUUGUUCUGAUCAGCCGAUCAGAAGACAAACUGAAGGCUGUAGCAGCAGAGAUAGAGGGAAAAGCUGGUGUCCAGACUAAGAUAGUGGUUGCAGACUUCUCUUCUGCGGACAUCUAUGACAACAUCAGUCUACAGCUGGAGGGACUUGACAUUGGCUGUCUGGUGAACAAUGUUGGGGUUGGCUACAAGUUCCCUGACUUCUACGCGAACACUCCUGCUGAUAUGGAUGAGAUGAUGCUCAAUGUCAACUCCUUGUCCGUCGUCAAGGUAUGUCUUGGUCUUAUGACAAGGAUUGUGCUGCCCGGCAUGGUGGAGAGGAAGAAGGGUGUGAUCUUGAACAUCUCCUCUGCUUCUGGAGUUAUCCCUACACCUCUGCUAUCCCUAUAUUCUGCAAGCAAGGCCUUUGUGGACUACUUCUCUCGCUGCCUGGCACAGGAAUACAGGAGCAAGGGUAUCAUCAUACAGAGUGUGACUCCCAACUUUGUGGCCACCAAGCUGAGCGGGAUCCGUAAGACAAGCCUCUUCGCUCCGUCUCCGACAUCCUACGUACGCAGCGCCCUGAACACUGUCGGACUGGCUGAUCAUACAUUUGGGUACUCAACACAUGCUUUGGGUGGCUGGCUGUUUGACCUGCUUCCUCAACGACUGUACAUGAGCGUUACCAUGUCAAUUUUUCUUGGUGUUCGCAAGGCUGCACUCAAGAAGCUUCAACGCAAGAAGGAAAAGUGAAGAUUCUGUACUGAUGCACUUGUCUGUAUGUCCAUGGACGUAUGGGCCAUUGGGUACAUUAAGGCAUUCUGCAUCCAAUGAUAAGUAGAAAAA